AUGUGGGGUUACCCGUCAUGGAUUGAUCAGACGAAAGCGGCUCAGGCUCGGGUGCGAAUGUCAAACGGAGGUGGUGUUCCAUACGGAGGAUUGGAAUCGUAUUAUCACAUGUGUCGUUUCAAUUCCGGAUUUUUCUUCCGCCAUCCCCUCCUGCAAGAAUACGACUAUUACUGGCGCGUUGAGCCGCAUGUUGAAUUCUAUUGUGACAUUGACUAUGAUCCGUUCGCCUUUAUACAAAAACAUAACAUUUCAUACGGAUUCACAAUAUCACUAAAAGAGCGACCGAAAACUAUCCCGACUUUGUGGCGGCAUGUCAGGCAGUUUGUCAAGGAUAAUCCGCAAUAUCUUUCGACUCACAACUCUGCAGCAUUUAUAUCGGACGAUGAUUUGACAAAAUAUAAUUUAAGCGAAGCAUACUUAAAGUUCUUUGAGUAUUUGGAUAAGGCCGGAGGAUUCUUUUACGAACGAUGGGGAGACGCGCCAAUCCAUUCUAUCGCGGCAUCUCUUUUUCUAAAUAAAUCCGAGUUGCAUUUCUUUAAUGACAUUGGUUAUAGACAUGGGGACAUAGAGCACUGCCCACCUGAACAAGAAGUUUACGAAGCUGGCAACUGUCGAUGUGAUCCUAAAAGCAAUUUUG